GUUGGUAACUUCCUCUCUGCGAGUGUGUGUGUGUGUGUAUCAGAGUGUGUGUGUCAGAAGAAGUCCUCCGGGUCCGUCGGGUCGGGUACAGCCAUGGCGUACCAGCAGAAACUGGCCGAGAAGCUCCUGGUUCUGAAUGACCGAGGUCAGGGAGUUCUGAUCCGGAUGAACCACAUUAAGAAGACAUGCUCAGAUCCUAAACGAAGACCCUCCUUUCUGACGGACAAGGCGACAGAACCCGCCGUCAAAUACAUCAACAGAAAAUUCCCCAACAUCGACUUCAGAGGAGGCAGCCAACAGCUGAGCAGCAUCCAGAAACAAAAGACUGCAGUUCUGGAAGGUCUGAGCAGCUACUACGACUCGUUCGUUGAUGUCAUGGAGUUCAGAGAUCAUGUAUAUGAGUUACUCAACACUAUAGAUGCCUGCCAGUGCUUUUUUAAUAUUGCAGUGAAUUUCGACUUCACCAAGAACUACCUGGACCUGAUUAUCACCUACACCUCAGUGAUAUUAAUGCUCUCGCGUAUCGAUGAUCGGAAGGUUCUGGUGGGGAUGUAUAACUGUGCACACGAGCUGUCGAACGGUAGCAGUGAUCCUUCGUACCCUCGACUCGGCCAGAUGAUUAUGGAGUACGAACAUCCGCUAAAGAAGCUCACUGAGGAGUUCGGUCCUCACACCAAGUCGGUGACGGAGGCGUUGCUGUCGCUGCAGAUGGUUUAUCCUCGGCGGAACUUUACGGCGGAUCAGUGGCGCCGAGCUCAGCUCCUCAGCCUCCUCAGUACCCCCGCCACCCUGCUCAGCCCCGCAGCCUGCGAUACCAUGGCGUGUGAGUAUUUGCCGAUGGAGAUGAUGGAGCGCUGGAUCAUUUUGGGGUUCCUGCUGUGCCACAACAGUCUGAACUCAAAUGCAGCGUCUCAGGAAUUAUGGAAGAUGGCGCUGCGCAGCGGUCUGUACGUCACACUGACCCGAGACGAGGUCAUCAACGUACACAAGCUCUCUGAGGAUCAUUUCGACGGAAUCAAAGGGUACAGUAAAAGAAUAGCUGAUAUUAAAGAGUGUAAAGAGAACGCCAUCGCAAACUGCGGGGCGUUUCACAGAGAGAAGCGUCACUUCCUGCGGGGGGCGCUAAAGGAGCUGAUCAAGGUCCUAGAGGACCAGCCGGCUUUGCUCGGACCCAAGGCUCUGUACGUGUUCAUGGCGCUGUCCUUCUCCCGGGAUGAGAUUCUCUGGUUGGUGCGUCACUCUGAGAACAUCCCCAAAACCAAAACUCCAGAGGACUACUCCGACUCGAAUAUGGCGGAGCUGCUUUACUACAUGGAGAGGUUGAGGGCGCUGCUGAGCACCUACAGAUAUGUAAUCCAGCGCUACCAUCUCCAGUACUUAUCCCAGUUUGAUGCACUCUUACUCAAUGAUACAAUACAGAGUAUUUAUGUUUGUCCUGAAGAAGAAUCUGUGCUGAUGACAUCAUUUGUCUCGCAGUUGUCUGCACUGAACCUCAAACAGUUGGAUGGUGGUGAGGACUUUGAUCUGAAGGCGAUCAGACUGGACUGGUUGAGAUUACAGGCGUACUCCUCGGUGGGUAAAGCCACGCUGGCGCUGAAGGAAUACCCGGACCUCGCCAAGAUCAUGAACAUGACCCAGUUUCACACCCGCAUGAUGGACGACGUGGACGAGCUGCUCAUCGAGACGGCUGAUAUCUCCAUACUGUGUUUUUACCCGCGGGUGUUUGAGAAGAUGUUCUCUCAGAGCAGUGAGGACACCUCCAUGCAGCGUUAUCUCAUGGCGUUCCCGAUGGUCUGCGCCCACUUUAACCAGAGCACCCACACCAUGUGUCCUGAAGAGAUGGAGCUGAUGGAAAAGCAGACUCUGAGGCUGUGUGUGAAGUUUCUGGAGGAGAUAGCUCAGCAGACAUGUGGUGUGGUGCUGGAGAUCUGUGCUGAGCAGUGCAACCUCCACGAGCAGCUGCUGCCCAAACACUGCGCUGAGACCAUCAGCACCGCCCGCAAUAAGAAGCUGAAGAAACCCAUGCCCAAGAAAGGAGAAGUCCCGAAAGAGAAACCGGGAACCGAGAGUCACAGGAAGGACCGAGCUGUGGUCACCAACAUGGAUAAGAUGCACCUGACCCUCACCGAGCUCUGCACCUCCUACAGCAUGUGCUCCGACUUCACCGCCUUCAAACACAUCCUCGUCCCUGCCGAGUUCCUCCUCUCACAGCUGGAGCAGCGUCUCAGCAAGAUAUUUGUGCGGAUGGCCAAUUACAACCAGAGCACCCAGGACAUCGCCCGGCCCUCCGAGCUCCUGUCCGGUAUCCAGGCCUACGUGACGGGGCUGAACACCCUGAGCCGCUACAUCACUGUGGACGUCGCCAGACUGGUGAAGACCGUCCUGCUCCAGCAGACCCAGCCACUGGACUCGCACGGAGCUCAGACCAUCACCACGCUCUACACCAACUGGUACCUGGAGGGUUUGUUGCGUCAGGCUAGCAGCGGCGCCAUCGCUCACUGUCCCACAAUGCACUGCUUUGUUAACCACACUUCUGAGAAUGAGCAGAACUUCAAGGCACAGGAGUUCUCAGAUAUCUGUGAGCUGCGAGCACUGGCGGAGCUGAUUGGUCCAUACGGGCUGAAGUUUCUGGGAGAGAACUUGAUGUGGCACAUCACCUCCCAGGUUGCAGAGCUGAAGAAACUGGUGUUUGAGAACAUGGAUGUUCUGGUUCAGUUAAAGGCUAAUUUUGAUAAACCUGAGACCCUGAGCAACCUGCAGAAGAGACUGACAGGCUGUGAGAACGUGCUGAAGAGGAUGACCAUCAUUGGGGUGAUCUUGUCUUUUCGGAAGUUGGCUCAGGAUGCGCUGGAGGAGGUGAUGCAGAAACACUGUCCGUUUCUUAUGGGACCCAUCAAGUACCUCCACAACUUCAUACACGCCGACACCGACAUCAAGGUGACGAUGGGGGUGUAUGAACUGGCGUCGGCGACGGGUAUGAAGUGUGAUAUUGACCCGGCUCUGGUUUCGGCGAUCACUAACAUGCGCUCUGAUAACUCAUCCACUGAGGAGGAGUAUAAAAUCACCUGUCUGCUGCUCGUUUACAUCGCCGUCUCCAUGCCCACCUUAUCCAUCGACCCCAGCACCUUCUACAGCCGAGAACACGGAGGUCACCAAAACAACGUCCACUGUCUGUCCACUGCCAUCAACCACCUGUCCGCUGCCAUGUUCACCGCCCAGGACAAAAACAUCCAGCAGCACCUCAAAGAGUUCCUCCAGGUGGCAUCAUCAGCGCUGCUGCAACUCGGGCAGAACGUGGAUAAAGUGGAAAUCAAAAACCGGGACUCGGUUUAUCUCCUGCUAGACAUGAUUGUAGAGGAGUCGCCGUUCCUGAGUCAGGACAUGCUGGAGGACUGUUUCCCAUAUGUUCUGCUGCGGAACGCUUACAGAGAGGUCCACAGAACCUUCAUCCACACCAUGGGCUAAACAUCCCAUAAUACGCCACUUUACAGCUUCUGAAAACAAAAACAAAACAGCUUAGUAAUCUUUUUGCCGGAGUGAUUUAAGAAUCAAUAUUAAUAUAAUAAUUUUACCAUUUGUCUUUAAUUCUUGUGUUCUUCUGUAUUUCUGCAUGUUAUAGAUAAUAUAUGAGAUGAUUUGAUUGUAAACAGACGAUGAUUCAGUAUAUCGAAUAUCUGAAUAAAGAAUGAUUAUUAGUUA